CAGGUGACUAACAAAUUAUAUAUACUCGCUUUUUCCUAUUUUAUAUUUUAUACCGUUUUGUUCGCGGAGAAUUCACCCGAAUAAGACUCGCUUUUCGAUGAAGAUAUUAAAUAACGAAUCCUUUUUCCUCUUCAACGCUAUUUAUUCCAUGUUACAUUACAAGGCUGAAUACAUUACAGGAAUAUCUGUCUAUUUAAUUAUAAGAUAUCUUUUGUUACAUAAAUAAUAAAAAAUCGAUUAUACAUCGUUUUAUCCGAUCAAAAGCAUAAUAUCGCUAGAAGUUGUCUCGGAAAUCACUUGUAUAUAUAAGUGUGUCGAAUUUUUUAAAGUAAAACGAGUCUGUUUCUUGAUUGAUAAAUUUAGUAAAAACUCUAAGGAAACGUUAUCGAUUCUAUAAAUCUUUUUAUUUAUCGUAAAUGGAACGGUGUACGCCUUACAAAUUUAAAUCAAAAGUGCAAGCAUCGCGCGACACGCAGGGACAAAUGUCGGUGUGCAAUUACGUAAGUUGCGCGCGCAUCGCUGGGAUUAGGCUAGGUCGUCGAGUCUGUGACGUGCGCACAGUGUUCGCGUCUUUGACGUUAAUUCAUCGUGUUACAUCGUUAUUAUCAUCGCGAGCGUCGACGUAGAUAAAGAAAAUAUCACACGGGCUCGUUCCUCGGAAGUUGCGAGAAUCAGCGGAGUUUUGUCAAGCACGCGUUUUCGAAAUAGCGGAUAUCUCGGACCACUCUCUCCCCAACGAUCGUCGACUAUUGUCUAUACAGCGAAUGUGGAACUUUUACUCACGAUAAGCGAUAAGCGAUAAGUGCACAUUCAAUAUGUCUGUACGUCGCAAAAGCGAUUCGUCUAUGACUCAGAGGAUCUGGGACACAAUCAAAACCACGGUACAUCAGAGAAGCUUACCUAGUAAUGACCGUAUGGUACGGCAUUUGGCUCGAGUUUACGGCUUUACAGAACAAGAAGCUCAAGAUGAACUCAACAAGGCGGUCGAGGAUGGUCUUGUCCUAUUGAAGAAAGUGCCUACGAAAAACGGCAUCGAGCAGGAGAGUUACAGAUUCCCUCCAAUAGGCACAACGGAGAACGAUAGCCACGAUUGGUACUGUUGCAAGUGCCACCGAGCAGGUGCAGUCGAAUGCUGUGAGCAGUGUCACAGAGUCUAUCACCCGGAAUGCCACGCAUCCAGUAAUGCGAAAUUAAAGAUUUGUAACUUUUGCGAGAAAAUAAACAGCGAUGUAUAUUCUGAUAAGAACGAUCUCAAUCACAUUCUUGGUUUCACGUGUGGUCAUUUGAAAGCUAAAUUACCGCCAGAAAUCACAAAUCGUACCAUCGUCUUCAACAAUGAUCCGAUUGUUACACCGGCCAACGGUUUCUCCGGACCAACCUGGGUAAGCGAGGGCGAAGACGCGUGGCGGCCAGGAAUUCUAAUAAAACAUCACAUGGAUUUAGCGAUAAUGGACGCGAAGACGAGCAAAAAUGAAUACAAUAAUCUUGCCGAAUUUGAGGCUGACGCACACAAUAUUCUACAUAACAUCAUAAUAUAUCAUGGAGGUCACAGUGUAAUAGGAGAAAUGGGCCGCGUAAUGUAUCAGGACUGUUGUUACGAUCUUCAAGAAAUUCGUCGCUGCGCGGAUUGCUAUCGUAUAUCGAACGAAAAGUCCGAAAAGAUGUGGUUCUGUAUACCGUGUAAUCCACCUCACCAAUUGGUUUAUGCGAAGCAAAAAGGAUACCCGUAUUGGCCCGCGAAAGUCAUGCAAGUUAAUGGCAAUGUAUAUGACGUGCGCUUUUUCGGAGGUCAUCACAUGAGAGCUAACAUUGAAAAAGUCUUUAUUCGGCCAAUUUCUACCACUUUACAAAGUUUACAGGUAAAAAAAUCAACAGCUUGGAACAGAGCUUUCGACGAGCUAAAGCAUCAUCAAAACUUGCUACAAAAGUUGGGAAAAAACAAGGAAGAUUCGAAUAUUACAGAUGAUUCUCCACCUGCAAAGAUACCGAAAUUGGAAUCGUCGAGUUCGAGGAGUACAUCGCAUAGUAAUCCAAACCAAUUAAUGAAGGACUUGAGAGUGAGAGUCGAACGGUUAAGCUCGGAUGGCAACACCGAGUCGCAGACACCAAACGAUGGGUCGGAUAAUAAAGAAGACGCUUCGGAAAAUAACGCCGAGAACGAAGAAAGACAGGUACCUUGUUUACCAGUAGCAGAAGACGAACCUGCUAGAGGGAUAACGAGCACGUGCCCGCAAGGUUUGAAGAAAGAGGGUUCGCAAGAAGAUAUGGUCACGUCUAGUUGUCAAGAACCGAGAUCGAAAUGCGUUCUUGUUCAAACAGAACAGAUUCAAACGGAUGGGCUUCCCGCUAAGAUCAAGAGGGAACGCAGAACUUCAGAACAACCGACGACAACGGCGUUAGAAAAAUUACGCCGCGAGUUAGAAACUGAAAAAUGUAGAGAACUGGAAAGAUUACAAGCGGAGCAUGCGAUAGAAGUGCGACAAUUGACCGAUAGGCACUUACAACUUGUGUCUGACAUCAAAAAGAAACAAUGGUGUUACAAUUGCGAAGCUGAGGCAAUAUAUCAUUGUUGUUGGAAUACCGCGUACUGCAGCACAGACUGUCAACAGGUUCAUUGGCAACGUGAACAUAAAAGAGUAUGCAGACGUAAACGUUAAUUUACAUAACAAAUGUGCAAUGAGUACAAUAAUAUAAAUAAGCAAAAGAAAAACAGAUAAACAAGAAGAGAAACACAUUUUAUAUAUAUGAAGGCAUAAAUAAUUUUUAUAGUGUACAAGAAUGCGUUUAUCUCCCUCUUGUUGUCUGUUUAAAGUUCGAACUUUGGAACGUUUGAACGUUUUCUUGCAACUACUAUUAUAUAUAAUAUAUGUAUGAAUGCAUAUAUACAAAAUGUCCCUAUACUACUUCGAUUAUUAAAGAUAAAGAUGAACAAAAUAUCAUUUUUCCAAAUAAAUUUUAUAAAGUUGUGAAAAAUAAAUAAUAUAAUUGUAUCUGUUUCAAUAAAGACUCUGCACAUAAAUAAAAGUGCAUCGCACUUGUAAAUUAUAUGUAUACAUACAUAUAUAAAAGAAUAGUCUGUAGAAGCACAUUAAUAUAUUCUUGACACCCGUUCAAUAUGCCUUUGCAAACUUCCUCUGUAAGCGGAAGAAAUGUUAUGUGUAUACGCAAAUCUUAAAGAAUAUUUUUAAUUGUAUCAAGCGGCAAGACAGAAUAAUUUUUAAAUAAUCAUAGUUUUGUACAUUGA